GCGCGCCCCGCCCCUCCCCACGCCACCCACGCAGCCAGUCGGGCCUAAGUCUCAGGUUAGCGCGCAGCAUCCCUAUUGAAGUUCCGAGCUUCAAUUCCAGCUAAAUUGAACCAAAACAUUUAACACACACCAUGGACACUUAGGUGUUGGUAAUAAGUUUAAGUGGGGGUGGACUUUUUAAGUCAAAAUGGAGAAGAAAGUCAGGUUACUGCUCUUUACCGGUUUGUUAUUGUCUAACCUAGGGGUGUUGUCGGCGCAGCUUUACACAAUCGAGAAGAUAGCUGUCGGAGCGAUUUUCGAUCAGAACACAGAAGAAAUACAAAAUGUGUUCAAAUACGCAAUGACUCAGCACAAUCAGAAUAUUAGCAGUCGUGGACGCCUGGAGUUGCAAGCCUAUGUCGACGUCAUCAACACGGCCGACGCUUUCAAACUCUCUCGUUUGAUCUGCAACCAAUUCGCUAGAGGCGUGUGGUCCAUGCUUGGCGCGGUGACUCCGGACUCAUUUGACACUCUCCAUUCGUACACAAAUACAUUUCAGAUGCCUUUCGUAACUCCGUGGUUUCCUGAAAAGGUCAUCCCACCAUCUUCGGGGCUUAUUGAUCACGCAGUCAGCAUGCGGCCUGACUAUCACAAGGCUGUAGUCGAUACUAUACUGCAUUACGGGUGGAAGGAAAUCAUAUACAUUUAUGAUUCUCACGAUGGCUUGCUUCGGUUGCAGCAACUAUAUCAAUUAAUGCACCCCGGACGUACAACAUUCCGCAUAUCAUUGGUAAAGCGUAUUAAUAAUGCAUCUGAUGUUCUGGAGUUUUUGCUCGCUCUGGAACAACACGACCGGUGGGGGAACAAGCGCAUAGUUCUGGACUGCAGCGCUAAAAAUGCGAAAAGUAUAAUCGUCGGACAUGUUCGCAAUGUUCAUUUGGGACGCCGCACCUACCACUACAUACUUAGCGGACUGAUCAUGGACGAUUACUGGGAGAACGAGGUCGUGGAGUACGGGGCCGUCAAUAUCACUGGGUUUCGCAUCAUUGACCACUCGAGAAAAAUCGUGCGUGAUUUCAUGGAUGGCUUGAGAAGAAUGGAUUCCCGGUUUAAGGAUACUAUAUCAGCUCAAGCGGCUCUGAUGUAUGAUGGAGUGCAAGUGCUCAUUGAUGCCCUCGGGAGGCUGUGGCGGAAGAAACCUGACGCCUUCAGAAACGCCCAGAGACGAGCUUCGGGACAACAGAAUGCUACAAAGGUCAUCGACUGUAAUCCUGGAAAGAGCACCUGGGUUGUACCUUUUGAGCAUGGGGAUAAAAUAUCCAGACUCAUUAAAAAGACCGAUAUUGAAGGACUCACAGGAAACAUAUCAUUUGACGAAGAAGGUCAUCGUCAUAAUUUCACUUUGCAAGUUGUGGAAAUGACGGUACAAUAUGCUAUGAUUAAGAUCGCGAUGUGGUCGGACAAGCAUGGUCUGGUUCUGACGCACCCGAAAUACAAUCUUCAACACUUGCCUGGCUCGCUCAAUAUCAAUAAAACGUUCAUCGUGUCAACGUUAGUUCAAGAACCAUACAUGAUGUAUAGGCCAGGAGAUCAUGGAAAGGUUCAUAAUGAUCAGUUUUAUGGAUUUUGCAAAGAUCUCCUAGAUCUAAUAGCAAAAGAACUGGGAAUAAAAUAUGAACUUCAUCUUGCCAAAGAUGGUAGUUACGGAAAUGCUGACACGAAUGGCUGGGACGGCCUCAUUGGUGAACUAGAUAGAAAGGAGGCCGAUAUCGCUCUCGCUCCGAUUGUGGUAACCGACGAACGAGGAAAAGUAGUUGAUUUCAGUGUCCCAUUCUUGACAUUCAAUUAUCCAGGAAAAACAAGUAAAACCCCGAAACAACUGGCUGACACCUUUAGUUUCCUCCGACCGCUGUCUAAGGAAAUAUGGCUGUGUGUUUUAUUUAGUUUCUUCGCGGUGAGCAUCGUUCUUUUCUUGGUGUCUCGGUUUUCUCCCCACGAAUGGCGUUCCGUUUCUAUAUCAGACACUCACUUGGACCAUCCAAUCAGCAGCACAAAUGAGAUAAUAUUGCACAAUGAUUUCAGCAUUUGGAAUUCAUUUUGGUUUUCUCUGGGAUCAUUUAUGCAACAAGGAAGCGAUGUAGUACCCAGGUCACUUUCAGGAAGAAUAGUAGGCACAGUAUGGUGGUUCUUCGCUCUUAUUUUGGUGUGUUCUUACACGGCAAACCUAGCUGCAUACCUGAUUGUGGAACGUAUCUCAGUGCCGCAACAAACUACUAACAUGCCGGCGAUCGCACUCGCCGAUACCGAAGCUAUGCGUUCGAUCAUAAACAAUAACUUGGGUAAAUCGGCAGACGAUCAAUCUGCAAUGUAUGCUCUGGAUGAUUGCGAUUCUAUGUCCAGCGAUUGCGCGCAAAAUUAUGUGGAUUUUGCAAUUGCUACUACUAAGGGAUCUGCGCUAAGAGAAGGAAUAAACUUGUCACUGGAAAAUCUGAAAAAUAAUGGAGUUAUAUCGAAACUACUGAGAAAAUGGUUAAUGAGGAAUGAUCAACAAGACUGCUUGUUACAAAAAGAUGAGGAGAAUACAAUAACAGAAAUGACACUGAGUCAAGUGGCGGGGAUAUUCUACGUGCUGGUCGGUGGGCUCGCGCUGGCGCUGGGCGUGGCUCUGCUCGAGUUCUGCCAGCACGGGCGCGUCGAGGCUGCGCGGGCGAACGUGCCGUUGCGAGCCGCUUUGAGAGCUAAAGCCAAGAUGGCGUCGAAUGCUGACCGGAAGACCCCGCAGAGGACCCCGCAGCGCGAUCGCGACAGGCUCGGAUGGAAUGGAGCGCCGUUUGCUGGGUACUAUGCUGGAAACAACCAAACAAUCGCUCAAGACGAAGCCCUGCAAGCCAGCUUCACGCACGUCUGAUCGGCGGCCAAGGACGGUGGCGCCACCCUGCGUCGAUCGUCCCUAACUAAGCCAAGUCUCGCCAAUAACAACGUCGAUCUUUAUCAACUGUAAAACUGAAGUACUGCCAAAAGCGACAGCUUUUUAUUUAAUUUUAAGUAUUGUGGAACAACUUCAUUAUUACCCGUAUAUCAAGUGUGAGUAUAUAGUACAUAAUUUACGCAGACAGACACCCCACUCCAAUUUGGAUGGACAACCCCGUCUAGUACCUACAUGGUUUGAGUAAACUGUGAUAGUUUUCGUUUUCUCGCAUACAUAGUAGCGCCUAAAGCUGAACCACAAUUAACCUCUUGAUAAAAAUGUAUGUAUUUGGAUAAUCGAAUAGGUACAGCGUUUACUUUUUUGUAUACGCAAAUGGAAAACCUAUUGUAUAUCAUAUAAGUACAAUUAAUUGUGUAUCGGCGGAUGUACAGAAAAAUGAAAAAUCUCCAUUUUAUGCCGAUUGACGGAUUAAAAGGCGAACAUUUCCGUUUGCGUAAAUCAUAAGGCGCUCCGCUCACUACUCUCGUGCAGGGAGCGAAGCCCCUAAAAACUCACACUGAUGUAUCUCUGUGUGACAUUUGAGAAAAGAGAAUCCUUCGUAGCCUUUGGGACUAGGCCGCCGGGUAAGUGGUUCCACGAAAGUUGUUCCACAUAGUUUUACAGGAUGCAGGUUCAUUCGAAUCAGUAUAAUAUAACUGCUAGAUGAUUCUGUAAAAAAUCAGCGUAGGCUCAUCCAUGGCUCAUAGAUGAAUGUAAAUGUCACAUGAUUGUUAACCGACUUCGAAAAAAGGAAGAGGUUCUCAAAGCGUCUGUAUGAUUUUUUUUAUAAUAGGUAUAUGAAUAUGCCAUUAUUUGUUACAAUCAACGAAGAGCCAACGUUGGAUUUCUUACAGAAUCUCUGAACAGAUCUAAAUGAGCAGCUAGGCAACUGCAACGAAUUGCACCUUGUAAUAGAAGGUUAUAAUCAUAAAAUUUAAUUAAACCAAUAAUAAUCCUAGGGCUGAUUUUUCAAUAGUUCGAUAAGUGUUAUCUGAGGUAUAGAAUUGUUGCCGUUACUGUCUCAUACAAACAUUCUGAUGAGACAUCAUCAGAAUUAUUCCCCAGAUAAAUUUUAUGUAGCUAACCAUUGAAAAAUCAGUUUUAAGGGUAUUGAACUUUUCGCAUUGAUAUCUGUAUUAUGUAAGAACUCUCAACGACAACAAAAAAUAUCAUUGUAACCAUGAUUGUCGGUUUACAUAUUAAUUAUACAUAUGUAAACGUUUUGCAAUUUUUACAUACAAAAAUAUUAUAAAGUCACGGGCAAUGAAAAGGUUCCACUGAGAAAAGCACCAACUUAUUCCUAAACGGAAAAGGCUAGCUUAAUGACGACUUCUGCAACAAUGAA